AUGAUGUUUAAUGCUUGGUGUCUUCUCGUUGCAGGCAUUUGGUACAACAGGUUGAGACCAUCAUCACUGCGCAAAUCGUCCUACUCCAACAGCAGCAGCAUCAACAACAGCAGCAGCGCUUGUCCCCCGCCGCCGCCCACGCCGCAUCAGAUCCAAACCAACGCCAGCACCAGUCAGCACCAAAGGCACCAACAGCAACAGCAGCAGCAGCAGCAGCAGCAGCAGCAACAGCAUCCACAACACAGACGCAACAGCAGCAGCUUGGCAGCGAAACCUGUCAUCAAUUUGCUCAGCAAUCGGCAGCAGUUCAACUACUUUGAGUUCCCAUCAACGACUCGCAGCGGCAGCUCGUUGCUGGCCAAUCGAUAUACCGCUGCAGUCUCCACACCAGCGCUCGACUGCACUCCCAGCAGCAGCUGCCACAGCAACUGCAACAGCAGCAGCUACAGUUCUGCGGUUGCCAAAGCGGCUGCUUCGACUGCUUGUGCACUACUUGCCACGUGCCACGUGUCCACAGCCCCAGCAACAGCCACAGCAUCAACCUCAACCCCAACCACCUGUCAGCAAGAAACCACAAACAGAGCAAGCAUGGGCCGGCGUGAGAUUAAACGUUCCAAUACCAGCGGCUCCACCUCCAGAUCCUACGACAGCGGCAGCGCAACCACAAAUUUUGUUGGAAAAUUUACGCAAAGCGUGCGCCGCAUCGUGCAGGAUGUGAAGGACGAGGGCGCACCGAGCGGCAUGACACGCGAUGAGGUUAUCGAGACGAACGAGCGCUUGCGAUCGCUACGGCUGCGCCUCGAGGAGUCCUACGAUACAGUAAAGAAAGCACUGAUUAAUCUAAUGAAUCAAUACGGCGAUUCGAAGAGCCAUCGCAACAUAUUUCAGCGCUAUCCCAUGCUCAAGCUGAUGAUAAAGGAAGUCAUACGGCUGGAGACCCAGUAUUGGACAUUGGUCGAUAUUCCGCGACAGGAGAAACAGGAAACUGUGCCGUCUUACGUGAUGCGCGCCUGCUCCAUCAUGGAGAAGACGCAGAAGUCGGGCGAGGGCGUCAAGACAUCGGCCAAGCUGGCCGAUGAGGCCGCUGAGCGCAGGGAGCGCAUGGAACGCUUAGAACACAUGACAACGGCACAAAUUGAGCUCGAGAAUACGCAGCUGAUUAAUGAUUUGUAUCGCUUGCUGAAAAAGUAUCUGGGCUUGCGGCACUUGAUACGCGUGCUAAAGGAAGAGUACGGCAGCUCAAAGAUGUAUCCGAUAUUUCCGCGAUACACAAUGCUCAAGGAUAUGAUAAAGGGCAUCAUGCACGACCCCGACUACAUGGAGGUGUGCCAUGAAACGCUGGCCAACUCCAACUGAGCCGAGGCAUCCGGAAAUGGCAGGCGGCGCAUGAGUGUCAUAUGAGAGGGCCAGCCCGAGACACCCACGCACGCACACUAGUCCAACAGGAUGUGUGUGUCGUGUGCUGGAUUCUGCUUGCGUCUUUCUGCCAUGUUCCGUCAGUGUUUAACAACUUUCAAUGAACGUUAACUUUUUUGCAUAGUUAGAUACAAAUCUUUAGAUAAUUUUUAGCCUCAACACCGGAGGCAAACAAACAAAACACCUACCCCACCACAAAAGUAAACUACUUAACAACAACUACAACAACAACUACAACUACAACAAACUAUUUACCACAAACAGCAAAAGACACUUGAUAUAACUUGGCUAUGAGAGAGUGUAACCAAAAAGUAAAACAAAACAAAACCAAACCAAACAAAACAAAA